AUGCCUGGAAAUUCUUGUCCGUCUACUUUGUACAUCCCCCGGAGCACAGUAUUCCAUUUAGCUGCCGCUAGGUCAAUCCGUUUACUGCCUGAAUUGAGCAAUACCAGUUGUUGCGAAAACGGGACAGGAGUACAAUACUCGAGGGGUGCUCAGGCUUCAUCCGUCAUGAGUAAGAAUAUGACUGCAACAGGUAUUAGUUACAAAGCGUCCGAGAUUAUAGCCGACAGACCGACUACCUACUUCCCUACUACCACAGGUUCCUGGAUACAUCCUUCUAAGCAUGUCAGUAAGUAG